CGGUAUAGGCCUGCCUCGCCUCCUGUAUACAGUCUCCAUGGACCAGGGCCUAAGCAAGCGUACGUAUAUAUAUAUAUGGGGUCGGGGCCUGAGAAUAAUUUUUCCAGCGGCAACACUGGGAACCUCCAUUCCGAACAUACUUUAUUUUAAGUUUUUUGUUUGGUGAACAAAGAAGAUUCAGAAAAAUAGAUCUGUUCCAUAAAUCACAAGAAAUUUUGAAUUAUAAUAUUCAAGUUACAUAAUUGAACUAUCUGAGAUCACAAUUCAUUGUUUUUUUUUCGUUUUGAAGUGAUUUCAAAUACAUAUGGUGUCCGAUUUUUCGCUAAUUUUACUUAAAAUUAGGUUAUUGAUGAUUUCUAGAAAAUAAAACGUAAGUAUAAAUAUUUGUUCAUCAGUCUUAUAUUUACAUUAUUCUUCUAGUCUACGACUCAUUGAACUAAACUAAAGAAAGCUAAUGUUAUUUAUUCAAACAUUUGACGAAAUUUGCAGUUGUAGGUAUCUAAAGGGCACAAAAAGUUCAUCAAUUAUGAAUUCCAAUCGUGAAGAAAUAUUAAAUGAUUUUGAAAAAUUAUUGAAAAAAAGUUCAGAAAUUUCAGAGGAAAUACGUAAACAUGGAAACAACCUUUUUUGCCAAAAGAGACAUGAUAAAGCACUACACCUUGGUGUUUUGAGAGUUUAUUCAAAAAGUAUAGCAUUUGCUCCUGAAUAUUCAGAGAGUUUAGCUGCAGCUUAUAGCAAUAGAUCUGUACUGUUGGAGCACAUUGGGCGUAUUGAAGAAGCAAUUGCUGAUAUUGACAAAGCUUUACAAAUUUCUAAAUCUAAAAAGUUAUUGUUGAAACUUACAACUCGCAAAGCAAAAAUUGUCAUAUCAAAUGAGAAAUUAAUGAAAUCUCUGAAUCUCAUUGAUAAUACACAGCAUUCCUCAGAAAAAGAAAAUGAUAAUGAAACAUUUAACUUCCCAAGUAUCACCAAGCCAUCAUCAAUGAUGCCAUGCACAUCUGAGUCUGUUCUUUUAAAAUAUAAUCAAACAUGGGGUAGACAUUUUAUAGCAGGACAAGAUAUAAACCCUGGAGAAGUAAUUAUUGUUGAAGAUGGCUACAUCUGCUUUCCAAACAAUAGUGUACGAUAUAUUGUGUGUUCACAUUGUCUGCAAUUCGCUUGGAAUAGUAUUCCAUGCAGCAAUUGUUCUUUCGUUGUUUACUGCAGUGAAGAAUGUAAGAAGAAAGCUUGGCAAGAUUAUCAUGAUCUUGAGUGUCGUAUUUAUCCUUAUUGUAAAUUUCUGCUUUCUGACCAAAAUACAUUUCAUGUAGGAAAUAUACCAAUCAUUCUUAGAAUAUUUUUUAAAGCUGUCAAGAAUGAAGGUCUUGAUAGUGUAUUAAAUGAUGUUGAAACUAUAAAUACUGAAAGAGAUAAUGAGAUAAAAGGCUUGUUAACCAAUGGAGUACUUCAAAAUGAUAAAUUUCGAUCUUUUUAUAAUUUGUCAAGUAAUACUCAAUACACUGCACAAAUACAAGAAAUAAGUGAUUACAACAUAAAAAAAUUAAUCACUUUAUUAUUGACUAAAACUGACCUUCUUGAUGCAAAGAAAAUCUCACAAAACACAGUUAGCAUUGAACUAAUUAAUCAAUUGAAGAUAAUAUUACAUAAAAUUGGAGAAAUUGCUGAUGCGAAUGUUUUUUCGUAUCAAGGUUCUAUUUGUGCUUGUCUUGAUUCUGAUUUUAUAUGCACUUGCGCUUCCAAAAGAGGACUUAUUAUUACUCCAUGUUGUAGUCUUGUAAAUCACAGUUGCUCUCCUAAUCUUAGUAGAAUGUUUCUUCCAAAAAAAAAAAUGAUUAUGUUUACCAUUACUCAAGUCAAAAAAGGUGAUCAGUUAUGUGAUAGUUAUGGUCCAUCAAUAGUAAUGACAAAAAACGAUAGACAACAACUAUUAAAACAAAGUUUUUUCUUCAACUGUAUGUGCAAACCUUGUACAGAGAACUGGCCACAGUUAGCAAUGUUGCUACUUACAACUAAAAAAACUGAAAUGAAUAUUAAAUGUCAAGUUAUUUAUGAAUUCAAAAAAUCCUAUCCUAAAGAAAAUGAAUUAUUCAUAUUUCAAAAGCCUGAAGAUGUAUGGGGCAUCAGUGAAGAAGGUUUGGAGAAAGCUAAAUUGAUAACUAAAUUAAUUUUUAAGUAUAGUAAUGACUCUAUGGAAACUUUCAUUCUGAGUUAUCCAUAUAGGUAUUAUAUUGAUAAAAUUCUUUUCACAUUGUAUGGAGAAAAGUGCGUUAUACCUGACGUUUGUGUAGAAUAAGACUUUAUUUAUACAUUAACGUUAUUUUAUAAUCAUUGCCAUCAAAAGUAGCUUCUAUUUUAUUAUUCUAUUUUAUUAUUAAUUGUUCUUUAAUAAUAUUUAAAAAUCUUUAACUAUUUUAAUAAUACUUAAAAUUAUUUCUUACUGUAAUUUGCUAUUGAAAAGUGUGAUUAUGUUUUAGUUAAAUAUUUUUUUAUUGCAUUAGUAUUUAUUUAAAUACAUUUGAAAUAUAUUGCCCAUUACCACAUG